AUUUCCAUCUUCUUCCCGCCUCUUAUCAGCUUUGGGCUUUCCACUUAUGUUUAAUCCCUUCAAUCUGGCCAUUUUGAAUUGAAUACCAAACAGAAAGUCCAUGAAAUGCGUUUGAGGGAUGCAGAAACUUAUAAGAAGAAGCCCUUCUGCCCCUCCCCUUCUUUGCACCUCUUCCCUUACACCCUCUCUGCCUUUGCUUUCCCUUUCUCUUCCUUUGACCUCUGCUGCUGCUUCUACUACUAAUACUACUUCCUUAAAAAUGCCCAAAGCCACUCUCCCAGGCUGCGGCUCCGCCCUCGCCGCCUCUCUUACCAAUAAAAACCCUUUUCUCUCCCGGCGGUUCUACACCAAUGCUAGUUGUAAUUACCAGCCCCGUUUAAGUACAAGGAUCACUCUACGGGCUUGGCCCGGUAGAGUUGAUGUCCGAACGGCUUGGCUCCAUUCGAGUGGGAUGGGGGAGCAGUUAAAUCCGAUUGAAAGGACCAAGGGUUUGAGUGAAAGUGAAGGUAAAGAAGAGGAAGAUAAACUGAUAAGGUUAAAUAGAAGGCAAAAGGGCUCUGGGGUUUUGGCGGGGAGUCCGGAUUUGUUGACGAUCCCUGGUGUGGGACCUAGGAAUUUGAGGAAGCUUGUUGCCAACGGGAUUCAAGGUGUUGCUGAGCUCAAGCAAUUGUACAAGGAUAAGUUUUUUGGAAAGGCUAGUCAGAAGAUGGUUGAGUAUUUACAAAAUUCUGUUGGGAUUAUCCACAGAAACCACGCUGAGAGUAUAACAACUUUUAUCAAGGAGAGUGUGGAUGAAGAACUGAAGGAUUCAAACUCAGAUACAAAGGUAGCUGCAAAGAAACGGUUGACAUUCUGUGUUGAAGGGAAUAUCAGUGUUGGAAAGACAACAUUUCUUCAAAGAAUAGCUAAUGAAACAUUGGAGCUGCGUGAUCUUGUUGAGAUUGUUCCAGAACCUAUUGAUAAGUGGCAGAAUGUUGGGCCUGACCAUUUCAACAUAUUAGAUGCAUUUUACGCUGAACCACAGAGGUAUGCCUAUACCUUUCAAAAUUAUGUCUUUGUCACAAGGGUUAUGCAGGAGAGAGAGUCAUCUGGGGGACUUAAGCCGCUCAGGUUAAUGGAAAGGAGCGUUUUCAGUGACAGAAUGGUGUUCGUACGAGCUGUUCAUGAAGCAAAUUGGAUGAAUGAAAUGGAGAUCAGCAUUUAUGACUCGUGGUUUGAUCCAGUUGUAUCAUGCUUGCCGGGCCUUAUUCCCGAUGCUUUUAUCUAUCUAAGGGCAAGUCCUGAUACAUGCCAUAAGAGGAUGAUGCUGCGUAAAAGAGAAGAAGAGGGUGGAGUGAGCCUAGAUUAUCUCCGUGACUUGCAUGAAAAGCACGAGAGUUGGCUUUUACCUUUUGAAAGCGGAAAUCAUGGAGUACUUUCUGUUAGUAAGUUACCCGUUCACGUGGAUAGCUCUUUGCAUCCUGAUAUCAGAGAUAGGGUGUUCUUUUUAGAGGGUAAUCAUAUGCAUUCUAGCAUUCAAAAGGUUCCUGCUUUGGUGCUUGACUGUGAACCCAACAUUGAUUUCAGCAGAGAUAUUGAAGCAAAGAGACAGUAUGCACGUCAAGUUUCGGAGUUCUUCGAAUUUGUAAAGAAAAAGAAUGAAUUCUCAUCUACUAAAGCAGGUGAAGAAGGCCAAGGGAGCAGUCCACCUCAGCUAUUACUGCCUCAUACAGGUGGAUUAUGGGUACCGGACGGAAAACAUUUCCCAGAUGCUGCUCUAAAAUCUCUAGAAUUCCGGCGAGCCAUGUCCUACAUGUCAGCGUCAGGCUAGUCGGAUGGCCCAUUUUUCUCGUUAUUUGGGUCUGGAGGUUCUGUUAUCUGACUCUUGGUUGCAGGCCUCGUGUAGAAAUGUUUUUUAACCAUUAACCUUUAGGAAUGUAGAAAUGUUGUUGAAUGCUUGGACAAUUUUACCGUCUACUGUGAACCCACCAGAAGUUCUAUGUUCAUAGGAAUUUUUCUU